ACCAGCAUAAUGCAUCUGCCUAUCUGAUGGUCAUGACAUGCCAGAAAUAUUCCGUUGUCAGUGAUAUGAAUCUAUUUAUUGGCUGAUAUACGAGACUUGCUGUAUUAGUUCGGAAAAUAUCUUAUGACAAUGUCAUAAAUUUCAAGCAUUUUACGAGUUUUAUAACGGUUGGUGUCCAAUUGGAAUUUUACCCGCGCUUUAGAUAAUUUAGCAAUAAAAGAAUAUCAAGAAUGGAACAAUAUUGCAAACUUGCUAUGAUGCUGUUGGUGCUGUGGGCUGUUAGUUGCCAUGGACAACACGUACCUGAUUUAACUGUGGGACAACUUCAUUCUCAAGUGCGUGAGUUAGAGGGAACGGUGCAGCAAUUAUUGAAGCUUCUAGAUAUGCAGAAUUUGCAAACCAAGUCUACAAAGGCUGCUACACCGGCUAUGGAGAAGAGAGGUUUUAUGUAUCCAGGGGUGUCUGUCUAUCCGAGCGAUGUUUCCACACCAGUCGAUGAGAUUGGGUUUCACGUAUCGUUAACCGACGAUGUACGUCUCGACUGGGGAAUGAAGCUACCUUUUGACACAAUUGUAGAGAAUAUGGGUGAGGCGUAUAACAAAGCUGCAGCAGAGUUUACAUGUCCAAUAUCUGGAACAUAUCUCUUUUCACUAAACAUAGCCUGUAAAAAGGAUAGCUAUGUUGAAGUUUCCGUUGAAAUAAACAACGGAAAAAGCCCGCCUAGAUACAUUCUUAACACAGUUUGUGACCACCGGAAGCGACCACUACUUGGCGUAAGUAGUCUGUAUUGCGGAAACACUCAAAAUGGCGGCACGGCAAUAGUAUCACUAGCCCAAGAUGAAACGGUCACGGUUAAAAAGAUGUGGCCUGUAGGUGGCGUUAGCACUAUCAUUGGGAAUGGAUUUUCGACAUUUUCUGGAUAUCUCCUACGUCCUUCAUAGAUUUGUAGAACUUGAAACGCAGCAAAUGUUUAGUGCUUUAAUUGGUUGUCGCUGCUUCGUGUAAAACACCCGAGUCGUUGAAUAUCGAAGUCCUACCUUUGAGAUAAAAUAUACAUUCAGCUUGUCUAUAAGGAUCACCAUUGAGACUAUUGGCAGGUGGAUUUUAUUCACAGGUUAAAAUACACUGUAAAUGUUAAAUUAUGACAUAAAACCAGGUGGUCUUUGUUCAGAGGUGGUCUGUUGAACACAGGUUUGACACUACAAUAUGUCAUCAAUCAACAAUUAGUUGAGACUAUCUUUAAUAUGAUUAUUAGCUGAAGUCUUAUUGCAGUUGUCGUGUUUUGUUUACUUUUGUUAGAUCCUGGUAUCACAAUCUAGACUUGGGAUUUAGUAUAACCAAAAUGACUCAUUCAUAUGUUGUGAUAAAAACUGUCAAUUUAUUUAUUAGAUGUGUUUUAUACACUAUUAAUUUCAAAGUGGGCGGUUCGUAACACGCAUCAAAGCAAUGGCACUAGGCGUUACAGGCAUUGAAUGAAUUGUACACAUUAAUUUUACAAGCCUAUAAUGAGAGUAAAUGAGUUUUGCUGCAUCAAUAUGA